AUGGUUAUAUAUAGAAAGCAUUUUCACCAAACCUACUCACUCUAUUAUUUAAUAUUCGAAUAUCAGGAGGUUACAUAAAUAGAUACAAAUUUAUUACUUGUGGCAUCUGCACCUUCCACUCCAUCGGUCAGUCGAAAUGCUAAAGUUGGCAGUUGGUGUUUUGUUCCUUGCGUUCGUCGUCGAUACAGCGCUCGUGCGUGUUCCACUAAAAAAACCCAACAAGUUACGCUCCAUCAAGAAUGUUGGCUCCCAGGUGGCUGUGCUGCGUAGCAAGUAUAACUCAAGUUUCGUUGUCACAGCAGAACAAUUGAGCAACUACGUUGACGAUCAGUACUAUGGAUCCAUCACUAUUGGCACACCACCGCAAAGCUUUCAAGUUCUCUUCGACACCGGUUCAUCGAAUCUGUGGGUACCCGGCGCACCUUGUGCAUCCACCGAUCAAGCUUGUCAAGAUCACAAUACAUACAAUUCGAACAUAUCCAGCACAUAUCAGCCUAAUGGACAAAGUUUUGCCAUACAAUAUGGCACUGGAAAUCUUACGGGUUACUUGGUGGCCGAUACUGUGUCAAUUAGCGAUUUGGCUAUAACGGGACAAACCUUCGCAGUUGCAACAUCCGAGCCUGGUAACACAUUCGUCGAUUCGGAAUUCGAUGGCAUACUUGGCAUGGGCUAUCAAACGAUUGCUGUUGACAAUGUGGUGCCACCCUUCUAUAAUUUAUACUCACAAGGUUUAAUUGACUCGCCCGUAUUCGCUUUCUAUUUGACACGUAAUGGCACAUCCUUGCAAGGUGGUGAACUUACGCUCGGUGGCAUCGAUACAAAUCACUACAGUGGCGAGUUGACCUACGUGCCCGUCACAAUCGAAGGCUAUUGGCAAUUCAAUAUGGACUCGGUCAGCAUUGAUGGUACUAAUGCUUGUCUCGAUUGCUCUGCUAUAGCCGAUACCGGUACAAGUUUGUUAGCUGUGCCAAGCAGCCUCUUGGAGAAUAUACAGAAUGCAAUUGGUGCUGUCUACAGCGAGGGAGAAUACCUUGUGGAGUGUGCUGCAUUGUCAAGUUUGCCGAUCAUUUCAUUCACCAUAGGUGGCACCACCUUCAACCUCACUAGUUCUCAGUAUAUAAUUGAAACUGAAGAUGAAAAUGGCGAUAUAGUGUGUAUGUCUGCUUUUGAGGAUGCCGAUACGAAUUUUUGGAUUUUGGGUGAUGUCUUCAUUGGUCAAUAUUACACAGUAUUCGAUAUGGGCAAUAAUAGGGUUGGUUUUGCUACGGCUGCAUUAAAUGGCACGGCAGCAUUGAACGUCUCUGGUGGAGCUUUCAGUUUCAGUGCGGCUAGCAUAAAACUUUUGAUACCUGCUUUUGUGUUCAUAUGUAGUAGAUUGUGGUUGGCGAAGAUGUUUUAAACGAAUCACUACACUGCUGUAGUGUUGCUCAUCGAAGGAGUGCACGACAAGAUUGCGAAU